AUGCCUGUCAUGAACAUAGAAAGGUUGGAUGCUUUCUCAGUUGAGGCAUCACGGUUGCCCGACCAUGCCCGCGAAGUUGCUGCGGCAUUCAGCCGCGAUGGACUUGUCCGAAUCAAGAACGUCUUGCCCGUUGAAGUGUCGGAGGCGCUGUGCUGCCGAGUUCAAUCGGAGCUCGAGCAAAGACGGUAUGAGGGUGAUCCCACAUUCUUUGGGGAUGUUUAUGGCUACGAGGACUCCGGGCAUCGGUGGGAUCUGAAACUCCAGCUGUCAAACGAGGUGAAAAUUGCCCUCGUCAGCAUCUUGGGCCGUUUGCAAAAGGUGCUGGAAACGCUGCGACCUUCUUGGCAAUUGACGGAGAUGGCGGCCAUGUGUACUUUUCCUUCGGACCCUGGGCAGCCGGUUCACGCCGACACUUCCCAUGUCUACGACCAGCAGGUGGUGACGAUAUUUGUCGCGCUUCAUGACAUCGCAUCUGAGCGAGGUCCGACUAAGAUGUAUCCCAAAUCCCAUUUAGAUGGAGAGCUCCACCUGGGAAUGAAAGAAGUUGACGAAGACAGCGCGGUCCUCUGUACCAUGAACAUGGGAGACUGUGUAGUGAUGGACAGCAGGCUUCUGCACUGCGGAACUGCGAACACAUCAGACUUGCACAGGUUCCUUUUUUACACAUCUUGGAUGCAGCCUGCAAGGAGGUCACGUGGGUCGACAAACAGCAUCCUGCCGCAGUACGAGGAGCGCUUCUCCCUCCGAGCUUGGCAGGAGUGGACAUCUCCGGGGUUUGGCGACCCUGGUCAGCGGACCUGGGACGCCCAGCCCAGCCUGCACAGGCGGCCCGGGCAGAUCCAGAAGUCCUCCUGGGAGGAAAUCGGGCUGCAGCUUCUGAUGCAGCCUGCAGCUGCAGCGCAGAAGGCGAGCAUGCGGAAUCAUCGCACUGGCGCCGGCAUCGCCUUGGCUGGCCUUGGUCUACUGGUCUACAACCUGGCAGGUCCACGGCUUUUUGUGUCUCCCCAGCCUGAAAUGCUGGGGAUACCGCGACAUGGCUCAGAGGCCAGGGCUGAGGCGGUGAUCAUGUGUGCUGCGAAACCGGGUGGACGGCCUGUGGAUGUGACACAAGAAGCCAUGCCCGCAAGCACAAUCAAGGUCAAGACAGGAAAAGGUGAGCUGACUGUGGAUCAGCAGUUUGACAAGAAGGAAAGGACAACCAGGUGGCUCAAAACCUUGAAGGGCAAGUUCGUGUACAGAGGCCCCAAGCCAGCGGAUCCGGACCAAUUCAUUAAGGUCAACAUUGCUGUGCCACUGGCACCAAAGCAGGCAUCAAACACCAAGAUCAUGAAUCAGGUCAUAGAAGAGCUCCGGCGCGUCAGUGGUGUUCACCCAGUUGCAACCUACUUUACAUCCAACAACGCGGAGCUAGGAUACCGCAUCGGAGAUAAAUCUGGAGCCAAAGUCAACAUAAGGGGCCAUUUGAUGAACGAUUUUCUCCAGAGGCUGAACACCAUUGUUCUGCCCCGAGUGCGAGACUUUGAAGGUUUGGAUCCGACCUCCUUCAACAGGAACGCGAACUACUGGAUGCACUUGCCCAGCCAGGAGCCCUUCAACGAGCUCGAUGAGCUGCUCGACUCGCGGGACCCCGGCAUGUCAUCCUGA